AUGAAGAAAAGAGUCGGGUUUCAAGACUCCAGUCCAUCACCUCCGGGAAAGACAUUCCUCAUUAACAUCCAGCCGCUCGGGAGCCUCUACUCUCCGUCAGUUCACUUCUCACCCCCCCCAAGAGACCGUGAGCAGCCGAACACUGGUCCCCUCUUCAGUCCUGAACACUGUGUGUUUGGUUACAGUGCUGCCAGUCCUCUUUCAGAAGAUGAAGAGAAUGAGGAAGUGUUUAGUCCUUUCACAUUUAUCAAAAACAUUCCCAACCGUUCCCAACAGUCCAGGCCAGUGUCAGCGGUGCGGGACAUCCCACCAAAGACGAGGAGCACACCUGCUGCUACACUGGUGCUAGACUUGGAUGAAACCCUGGUGUUCAGUUCACUCAAUGUGAUCUCUGAUGCAGAAUACACCUUCAAUACUCGCUUUCAAGACCACAAGUAUAAGGUCUACGUAAUCCUCAGACCACAUGUGAGAGAGUUUCUACAAGCCAUGACAAAACAUUUUGAGAUGUUUGUUUAUACCUCCGCAAAAAAGGAGUACGCAGAAAAGAUUGUAGAUAUUUUGGACCCUAAUAAAAAGCUCUUCAGGCAUCGUUUGUAUCAGGACGACUGCGCCUGUGUGCUUGGACACUACAUUAAAGAUUUGACCGUUCUAGAAAGAGACCUGUCAAAGACGGUCAUCCUGGACAACGCCCCUCACACUUUCCCAUACCACCUGAUGAAUAUGAUUCCUAUAAAGAGCUGGAUUGGAGAUCAAGAGGACCGUGAGCUGCAAAAGCUCAUUCCAUACAUGGAGAAACUAGUCCACGCGGAUGACUUCAGAAAUGUUUUAAAGAAAAGAACCGAUCACUUCCACAGGCUGCUCUCUGAAGACUAAACCCUGGAUUAGGUGUAAAUACAUGUACAGCCAUCCUAAUAAAUGCAGUAAAAUUGCCAAUCUACAAACUAGCUGAGGCUAAAUGUGUAGUAUGGGGAUUUACCCUGGUAUAACCAAAGUGUUUGUUUGAUAGAUGAUAGUGUUAAUGCUACCUUUAUUCACCCUGGUGAUCAGCUGGUGUUCUGACCCAUUUUGAAGAUCAGGACUAGAAUCCUGCCUUUAAUUUAUUCAACUAUGAGAUAUUGUACAGGUGCCACUGAAAGAGUGUUUUUUUUUUACACACUGAACUGUGCGUUGCACUCAGAGCUCUAGUUUUAAAAGUCAUUUAGGAUGAUUUUCAGUAACCAAUAAAUUUUUGUUUUCCUGAAGUAACAAA